UGUAGAUGGCAGAAGAAUUAGUUGGGAUUGCUCGCUAGUAGCAAUAGCAAUAGACUGUUGUCGGUGAUUGUCAAUCCCUCUUUCGAAGAAUUUGCCCCGAUGCGUCGAUGGUUGUUCGUGCGAUUGUCGAGUCGAUUUGAAUUGAAUUGUUAUGUAUUGUGCGUUGUGUGUGUGUGUGUGGCGAUGCUCGAUGCUGGAAAUGAGUGCGAAUUCGGGUAUGGACGAGAAAGCGAAGAAAAAAAAAAUCUUUCUUUUGAGUUGUUCUUUUCUUUUCAAUCGUCGUCGUCGCCGCCGCUAAUAUUUCCCUUGCACCAAACAACUGCUCUGAUGAUCUUUCUCUUCUUCACUCUUCGAUAUACCCCGGAAUGUAUUUCUUCAAUUUGAAACCGAUCGUAGAUUGCACGCGCACACCGACCGU